GGCGUGUCAGUGAGUGAGUCCGCCGCCACCGGCAGCACAACGUCUGUCCGCUCACAUGCACGGAGUCAAGGUGCAGACAGGGAGCAGAACUGACUUUGGGACUUGUUAUUCAGAGCGAAAACAACACCAGGAUAACUUAAAACAAUUUUAACUUAAAAAAGAAGAAAAUAUAUAUAAAAAAAUUCCUCUAAUAUCUGAUAUUUAAAAUAAGCCUGCCGUCAUGUCUCGGGCUCCUGAUGGUGUGAACAAGCUGACUGAAAGUACAUACAAGAAUGUGAUGGAGCAGUUCAACCCAGGUCUGAGGAACCUGGUCAACCUUGGGAAGAGCUACGAGAAAUCAGUCACAGCGAUGACUCUAGCUGGAAAAGCCUACUUUGAUGCAGUGUCAAAGAUUGGAGAAAAUGCUAUCGUGUCUCCAGUAUCCCGAGAGCUCGGUGUUGUUCUGAUGGAGAUUGCAGAAGCCCAUCGAAAGGUCCAGAACGAACUGGAAGAGAAUUUCAAGAGAUUCCACAAAGAUGUUAUCGUUGAGCUGGAGAAGAAGACAGAGAUGGAUGUGAAGUACAUGAAUGCCACCUUCAAGCGCUAUCAGACUGACCACAAACUGAAGCAGGACUCCUUGGAUCGCUCUCAGACAGACCUGAAGAAGCUCAGGAGGAAAAGCCAGGCAAAGCACUCAUCCAAGUAUGACAUCAAAGAGAAUGAGUAUUUGGAAACCAUCUCGUCCCGCCAGAUGGACAUGCAGAAGUUCAUUGCUGAUGGCUGCAGAGAGGCCUUACUUGAAGAAAAGAGACGCUUCUGUUUUCUGGCAGACAAACACUGCAUGUUCUCCUACCACUUUAGCAACUUCCACGAGAAAGCCAAAGAAAUUCUGGCUACAAAGCUUCCCAGCUGGCAGGAAAAAUGCAGCGAUAUCACCAAAGUGCCGGACACGGUGGUGACCAUGAUUGAGGGCCUGUCCACUACUCCGGAACAGUCACCGCUGGUUGAACGUUACAACAGGAACAAUGUGGGGUCUGUAGUGCCUCCUCCAGCACCACCACUAAAGGCUCAGAUCAGUCCCCUGGCCAAUAUGUUUAACCCCGAACCCAGAUCUCCGCUGACCUCCUCUUCAGACCACAAUUCAGACCAGGGCAGUCUUGGAGAGGGCAGUUUGUCCAGAUCCACAUCCCAGUCAUCUGGUCUCAAUGUGGGCAGGAAGACCAGAGUCGUGACCAUCUUUCCCCACACGGCGGGCAACAAUGACACACUCCUCAGCUUUGAUGAUGGUGACAUUAUCACUCUGCUUAUCCAGGAAGAGAAGGACGGUUGGUUGUACGGAGAGAUGGAGAAGGCACAGCAGCGGGGCUGGUUUCCCUCAUCUUACUGCCGACCUUACAUUGAACCAGCGAUAUCAUAUAGCAAUCUGAGCACACCAGUGCGGCGGCUGAGCGUGGCCAGUCUGCCAGAGCAGGAAGAGGAGGAGCCUGUACUUCUCCCACCACCAGACUACAGUGAUGAUGUCCCAUCUAGUCCAAUGGUCCAGUCAACACCUUCACCACAAAACAUGGUUUCUUUAGUGAACGGAACUGGAAAGGCUCCUUUUCUAGGCAGAGGAGGGAAUCCAUUUGCCACAGUCAAGCUGAGGCCAACUGUCACAAAUGACAGAUCAGCACCAAUUAUCUAAAACAGGCAAGAGGAGUUUUCACUGCUGUUAUGCCUUCAGGGAGAUUGUACAACAACAUAGGACCCAUGCAACACUCCGGAUAUCUCCCCAACCUGACAUCUCACCAGCCUGCAUGUUCGUCUUUGUCAGUAUCGCUUGGCUCUAUUAAAGGGAUAUGUAGUUU